AUUGGAACAAAGAAUUUAGAUCUAGAGCAGACUGGAUCAUAUACAUCUUCUAUAGAUGACUUUAUUAAAAGGCAUAAUGUUCCAGCAGAAAAACACAUGUCAGCUGAAAAAGUUUUGGAAAUGAUACAAAAUGAGGCUGAUAGUGAGACCAUCCAAAAACCAACACUACAUGAACUACUAGAUAUUGUUCCUGAUUCUCAGCCAGUAGGCAGAAAUGACAACCCUUUAUUGCCUGGUCUUUUGGAAAGUUCUGCUGAUGAAAAUAAAAUGUGGAAAAAACCGGCAUGCUCAGUACCUGAGACGCUUAUAACAAAGUGUGACAAGCAGAAAAGAAGUACAUCAUCAGGACAUACAUUCCCACAAGGUCCAGUUCUCAGUGAAAGAGCUGUCAAACAAAAAGCUUUCUAUUCAAUAUUUGAAAGUACUUCUCCAAAACAACAAGCUCAGAAUAGAAAAAUAUCAAAGAAGAAACAAAAUGAAAUUGUUAAACCGGAAGAAAACUGCAUGGUACAGAGAGGACAAAUGUUAAAUAGUUCUAAGCAUUUAGAACAGAAAAUACUAAAUACACAGACAGAAGAAGUGUCCACUGCACCUGAAACAUCUUUUAAAUCAGCUCAUCUAACUAAAAUGACUGAAAAAUCUCUGGGAUAUUCCACGCAAUCAGUGUUGGCCAGAAAUUCUAAGGAGGAAGUUGAUGUUUCUUUUAGAAAAGGAACUACAAAUCAGAAAAAAUCUGAGAAGAAAGCAAAAUCUCAAAAAGUAGCAGAAACAACAGAAUCAAUGAUAAAUAAAAUCAGUGACAGAUACAAACAAAAGGAUGAUCAUGAACAUGCAAGCAAAGCAGGACAAUUUUUAGCUAACAGGUCAUGUUUAAAUAAGUCUGGCUCCAAGGUCUCUAAGGGAAAAGUUCAGAAUACAAGCUUUAAACAUGUAAAAACUACAGCUAUGCUUAAUAUAACUACAGGACAUAUAGUGGAUGAUGUCUACAAUUUUAACUUAAGUGGAUUUGAUGAACCUACAAUAAAGCUUGGUGUUCAAGAAUUGUAUGUUGCCAAUCUGAAAGCUUGUACAAAUCCAACAGAAAAAAUGAAUCCCGAUGAAAGCGAAAGUACCAUACAGAAAAAAGUAGAUAAAAAAAAUAGAACUAAUAAAAAUAAGAAGCAUCUCUUUAGUGACACUGACACAGAAUUCAGAGGUGAUGACAGCAAGACAGAUAUCAGCUGGCUACGAGAGUCUAGCAGAAAACCUAAACCCCAACUAAUAGAGUAUAGCAGAACUAAAAAUCUGAAGAAAUCCAAAAGUGUAGAAGCAACAGAUGUCUUCUCUGAUUCUGCAUGUCUGAUGGAGAAAUCUGAAGGGAGAAAAAUAAUACAUAAAAAGGUACCUGUAACUAAAAAACAAAAUGCAAAGGCCGAGGAGAAUAUAAAACAGACAAUUAGACCAAAAUGGCCUCGAAAAGCAACAUUAACAAAAAAAAGUUAUAAGGAUUACUCAAAUUCAGAGUCAGAGGGUGAAGAGGAAUCUUCAGAGUACUUAUAUACGAAAGAAAAAUUAAGAGUAGAGCAAGAGCACAAAAAUGGCCUAAACAAAGCUGUGAAUCAACGGAAGGAACUACAGGAUAAUAUUUCUUCAGAGCCAAAAAAGAGAAUAUCAAGAAAUCCACAGAAAAUAUUUAGUAAACCAAAAGAUCCUAUAAAACAAAGAAAAUUGGAAAUGUCACAAGUAUACUCACCUGAAAGCCCAGAAUCUAUUGAGACAUUGAGAUGUUCUGAAAAAGUGCCAGAGGAAGCAUUUACCCAGAAACAUGUUUCCUUGAAAAGAUCAACAUCAUCCUAUCUUCAGGACUCCACACCAGAAAAGAGGGAAUCUUUAAGCAGCGUGAAAGGAAUUUCAGCAAACAAGCUUAACGCAACAAAAAAGAAUAAUCAAAGUUCACAUCUAAAACAAUCCCCUGAAAAUGUCAAACAGCUGGUAUUUGGAAAUGAAAGUUUAUCACCAGUUUUAAGUCCACUUUCUUUGCCUAGCCUGACUCCAGUAACUACGGACAAAGUUGUGUGUGGAAAAGACAUUGAAGUUACUGAACCUGAAGCAGAAGUAUGUGAUAUUAAUGAGGCAGUUAAUGUUACAAAUUACCUUUCAGACAAACUCUCCAUUGAAACAGAACUGCAAGAUCUCACUAAGAAUAUGCAAAAUAAAGGAGAGGAAUCUGUACCUCCGUCUCAGUUAUGCUCUUCUAUAGGAAGCAGAGAAGGGUCAUGGUGUGAAGAACCCUGUGGUGCCAUACAUGAAUCUGGGCCUACAGUACAAGUGAAUCUCAAACGAAUGUACCACAAUGAUGCAGAAAGUGAUUCUGAUGAAGUAGAAAUGAGGAAGGAAGAAGAAAAGAAAACAAAGCUGCUCCCUAGAAAAUUGUUUAAAGCAGAUGAUGAUACUACAUAUCAAGGUAAAUCCUUAAUGCAGUGUGCAAGGACUGAUUCCUUUUCCAGAAAAGGGAAGAAGUGUGCUGCAACAACAGAAAUAAUGGUGUCCGAGAGUGUGUCUACUAUGUCUGUAAAUGAACUGUCUGUUUUGGAUGGAGAGGUCUGGGAGGCUGGUUAUUCAAGUGUAGGGAUAGGUCAGAAGCUACAUAAGGAAUUUACUAGGAAAAUUCAGAGCCGCUCAAGAAGAAUGGACCACUUUACCAAACAAUCUUUAAAAACAGCUCAUCAGCAUUUGACAACAGUGAAUUGUCAGUUGCAUGAUUGCAGGAUGAAGCAGUUGGACAAAUUUCAUUUCACCGUCAUAGAGGAGCUUGAGAGUUUUGAGAAAGAUUCCCAAUCCUUGAAAAAUAUGGAGAAAGACUUAUUGAACUUUUGGAAAAAACAUGCACAUACAUUUAGUGUAUGCAAGAAAAAUGAACAGCAGAGGAUUCAGAUUCUUAAAACUUCAUUUGAAAAGCACAUCUCCCACAGUGUUAACUAUGAGGAAAAUAUUUUUACUUCUGAGAUGCAUCUAAUGAGAGAAGACAUGAAAGGACUUCAAGAGAAACUUCUUAAAGAAAUGCAUGAAGAGGAGCUGUUGAAUGUUCGCAGAGGAUUGCAGACACUCUUUUUGUCAGAAGGGAGAAAAUUCUAAUACCAUGAAUUCAAAUAUUUUGAAAAUGUAUGUUUAUAUAAAAAUUACUUUUCAGUAAUGGGAAGUGAGUACAAUUGCAUAUUUACUGAAAGUUUUUUAAAUAAAUGGCAUUUUUAACACAUCUUCUCAUAAUACAUUAGGAAUGUUUAUUAAAAAGAGGUCAUUAUAAAAAGUUUGACAGACAAAGGAGUAAUUUUCAAAUAAAACUGAAGUAAGGGUGAUGUUUUGGAUUUGUAUGUGCACCUAGAACUCCUAUGGCAAUGAAUAGAAGUUUUAUUGUAUACAUCUGGACAUAUAAUUUGACCAUACAUUGUUUAGAACAUUAAAAGGAGAUCAAAUGGCAUUUUUGUUAUGGUAUUAGCUUUCAGUUGGAAUUUGUCAUUGACUAAAAAUGUUUUGUAAAAAAUAUACAUAUGUUUUAACCAUAUUAAACAU